CUGAGCAGCAUUCUUCUCUUUCCCUGGGCAUGAUCUGGGCUACCCUCUUCAGCUUUUGCGUGUCCUAGAGAAUCCAGGUGUCUCGAGAGCCGCCUCUGUCACCUUGUGACCUGCACGUACCCGAAGAUCUGUAGGGACGACACCGGGACAUCCCGGAAGCUGGGAAAUGGAACUGUUGACCUUCAGAGAUGUGUCUAUAGAAUUCUCUGUGGAUGAGUGGGACUGUCUGGACCGUGCUCAGCAGAAUUUGUAUCGGGAUGUCAUGUUAGAGACCUACAGAAACCUGGUCUUCCUUGGACUUGCUGUCUCUAAGCCAGACCUCAUCACCUGUCUGGAGCAAAGGAAAGAACCCUGGAAGGUGAAGACUCGCCAGACAGUGGUCAAGCAUCCAGUUAUAUCUAAUCAUUCUACCCAGAGCAAUUCACAAGUGCUGGGCGUGAAUAUUUUAUUAUCAGAGAUAAUCCUGAGAAGAUAUGAAAUGAUAGCCCUGAGAAUUUCAACUCAAUAAAAGACUGGGAUAGGGUGGGUGAGUAUAAGCAGCAGAAAGUAUGUUACAAUGGACUAAACGAAAGUUUAACAGCUAUGCAUGGUAAAACCUACGAAUGCAGUAAAUGUUUCCAAGUUGUCAGAAAAGUAUCAAAUGUAAAUAGACAUAAGAUGACACAUACCGGGGAAAUAACAUUGGAAUGUAAUAAAUAUGGGAAAGCCUUACAACUAUGCUCAAAAGCUGGUAAACAUAAGAUAAUCCAUUUUGUGGAAAAGCAGUGCAAAUGUAAAGAAUGUUGUAGAGUCUUUAAAUCUUGCUCAAGACUGCCUGAAUACCGGGGACUUCAUACUGCAGAGAAAAUCUCCCAUUGUGAGAAUGAUGACAAGUGUCUUAGCCAUAGCUCAACAUAUUCUAACUAUAAGACAAUUUAUAACCUAGAGAAACCCUACAAAUGUAAAGAAUGUGGCAAAGCCUUUAACAAUUACUCAAACCUUUUUGUGCAUCAAAGAAUUCAUUCUGGGGAAAAACCCUACAAAUGUGAAGAAUGUGGCAAAGCCUUUAACCGGUACUCAUCCCUUUCUAGACAUAAAACAAUUCAUUCUGGAGAGAAACCCUACAAAUGUGAAGAAUGUGGAAAAGCCUUUAAAGAUUCCUCAACUCUUUCUGUUCAUAAAAGAAUUCAUUCUGGGGAGAAACCAUACAAAUGUGAAGAAUGUGGAAAAGCCUUUAUUGAUUCCUCACACCUUUCUAGACAUAAGAGAAUUCAUUCUGGAGGGAAACCCUGCAAAUGUCAAGAAUGUGGCAAAACCUUUCACCAGUACUCAUACCUUUCUAGACAUAAAAAAAUUCAUUCUGGAGAGAAACCCUACAAAUGUGAAGAAUGUGGAAAAACUUUUAACGAUUCCUCAACCCUUUCUGUACAUAAAAGAAUUCAUUCUGGAGAGAAACCCUACAAAUGUGAACAAUGUGGAAAAGCCUUUAAGGAUUCCUCAACCCUUUCUGUACAUAAAAGAAUUCAUUCUGGAGAGAAACCCUAUAAAUGUGAAGAAUGUGGAAAAGCCUUUAAUCAGUACUCAAACUUUUCUGUACAUAAAAGAAUUCACUCUGGGGAGAAGCCCUACAAAUGUGAAGAAUGUGGCAAAGCCUUUAACCAGUACUCAUACCUUUCUGCACAUAAAAGAAUUCAUUCUGGACAGAAACCCUACAAAUGUGUAGAAUGUGGGAAAGCCUUUAACCGGUACUCAAACUUUUCUGUACAUAAAAGAAUUCACUCUGGGGAGAAGCCCUAUAAAUGUGAAGAAUGUGGCAAAGCCUUUAACCAGUACUCAUACCUUUCUGUACAUAAAAGAAUUCAUUCUGGAGAGAAACCCUACAAAUGUGAACAGUGUGGAAAAGCCUUUAAGGGUUCCUCAACCCUUUCUGUACAUCAAAAAAUUCAUUCUGGGGAGAAACCAUACAAAUGUGAAGAAUGUGGCAAAACUUUUAACCGGUACUCACACCUUUCUGUACAUAAAAGAAUUCAUUCUGGAGAAAAACCUUACAAAUGUGAAGAAUGUGGAAAAGCCUUUCACGAUUCCUCAAAUCUUUCUGUACAUAAAAGAAUUCAUACUAGAGAGAAACCCUACAAAUGUGAAGAAUGUGGCAAAGCCUUUAACGAUUCCUCACACCUUUCUAGACAUAAGAGAAUUCAUUCUGGAGAGAAACCCUACAAAUGUGAAGAAUGUGGAAAAGUCUUUUACCAGUACACACACUUUUCUGUACAUAAAAGAAUUCAUUCUGGUGAGAAACACUACAAAUGUGAAGAAUGUGGCAAAACCUUUAACCAGUACUCACACCUUUGUGUACAUAAAAGAAUUCAUUCUGGAGAGAAACCCUACAAAUGUGAAGAAUGUGGAAAAGCCUUUAACUGGUACUCAACCCUGUCUGUACAUAAAAGAAUUCAUUCUGGAUAGAAACCCUAUGAAUGGCUAAAAUGUGGCAAAUUCUAUAACCCGUACUCUCACUUUUCUGUACAUAAAAAAAUUCAUUCUGGAGAAAGAUGUUACAUAUAUGAAUAGUGUGGCAAACCCUUUAACUCAGAGUCAAAGCAGCCUGUACAUUAAAAUAAAAUGAGAUAACAUUGAAAACCUAGAAAUAGGAAGAAUGUGACAGUACCUUACUUUGUGUUCAUAACUUAAUGACACUUAUAGGAAUUUACACAGGAGAGAAAUCUCACAACUGUGAACAGUGUGAUGAUGCACUUAACCAGAGCUCAAAGUUUACUACACAUAAGAAAAUUCAUAUUGGAGAGAAAUCUUGCAAAUGAGAAUAAUGUGGCAAAUAUUUUAACUGAUUUUUAGCCCUUAGUAUACAUAAGACAAAUCAUGUCAGAGAAAAAUCACAAUAUGAAGGUGUGUGGAAGCUUUAUGCCAGAAAUCACAAUUUUCUGUACACAGUAGAAUUCAUGUUGAACAGAAAGCCUAUAAAUGUGAAGAAGGUGAAAAGUGUUUAACUUCUGCUCAAACAUUUCUCUAUGAAAUUUAUGACAUAAAGGGUGGCGCCUGUGGCUCAGUCGGUAAGGCGCCGGCCCCAUAUACCGAGGGUGACGGGUUCAAACCCAGCCCCGGCCAAACUGCAACCAAAAAAUAGCCGGGCGUUGUGGAGGGCGCCCAUAGUCCCGGCUACUCGGGAGGCUGAGGCAAGAGAAUCGCUUAAGCCCAGGAGUUGGAGGUUGCUGUGAGCUGUGUGAGGCCACGGCACUCUACCGAGGGCCAUAAAGUGAGACUCUUGUCUCUACAAAAAAAAAAAAAAAGAAAAAGAAAGAAAUUUAUGACAUAAAAAACCCCUACAACUGUGAAGACAGUGUUGAAUCCUAUAAGCAGGAUUCACACAUUUCAGUACAGAACAGGAUUCAUAGAGAUAUUCUACAAUUGUGAAGAAUAUGACAAUGUCUUUAAGUAUUUCUCAUACUUUUCUAAUUGUAAUUCAUAUGGAAGAAAUUCUCUACAAAUUUCAAUCGUGUCUUAAAAUUGUGUUUAUCCUGUUUGAUAGGGCUGGAGAGAGACAAGGGCAGAUGAUUCUAAGGCAUCCCUUGUCCAUGAUAAUAAGGAUCAAAAUUCCCAGAGUGGGCUGCCAAGGAAGAAAAACAUUUCAGGAAGGCUUUCAAAAACUGAACUGAUGUUUGCUCUACAAAAAUGACUCUCAAGAGGUAGAGAGACCUCAGUGUGGAGAUAUGGCCAAGCCACAAAAAAAGGGUCUUUGUAGCAUGCAUAUAAGUAAGGUGACAGUAGCCUCAAGGGACUCAUUUUUAUAAACACAGUAAAAUCCUCACCACUUUUUUUUUUUUUGAGACAGAAUCUCACUUAUUAACCCCUGAUAGAGUGCUGUGGCAGCAACCUUCAAAUCCUUGGGCCCAGGCGAUUCUCUUGCCUCAGCUUCCCUAGCAGCUGGGACUACAAUCACUUUUAUCACAGUUUAUAAAUACUAUGACAACUUCUAGAAAUUGAUUUACAGGGAUAGAAAUGGGAGGACUCUCCAUUCGGGAAUUUAUCCCCCUUUUUAGUAAAAAUAGUAAAUAUAUUACCCCCACCACCACUUAACAGAGAUUUGAAAAAUUAUCAUUAAGGGGAGAAAUCUCACUAACCCAGGGUGGUCUCCACUUGAUAAGGUGGAUGUCUCCCUUCUCUGGAGUGUACUGUGCUUUAAUAAACUUUGA